CGUGGCCUAGUCCCUGGCGUUGGCCCGGCUGCCGCCGCCAGUAAAGUUUGUAACGCGGAGCGGGGCGGUCGCUUUGUCGGCGGCGUCUGCUAAGUGUGCUCCGCGUCUCUCUUCCGUCAGCGGAGUGCCCGAAGUAAAGCUCGGGGCGGCCAGCAGCAUGACCAUCAUUGUAUUCCUAGUGGACACGAGCGCUUCGAUGAACCAGCGCACUUACCUGGGCGCCAGGCUGUCCGUGCUGGACGUUGCGAAGGACGCGGUCGAGCGCUUCAUCAAGAUCCGCCAGAGGGACUCGGCCAGUCGCGGUGAUCGCUACAUGCUGCUCACUUUCGAGGAACCACCAGCCAACAUCAAGGCUGGUUGGAAGGAGAACCACGCGACGUUUAUGGCCGAGCUGAAGAACCUCCAAGCUUCUGGACUGACGACGUUGGGUCCCGCGCUGAAGAACGCCUUCGAUUUGCUCAACAUAAACCGCAUGCAGACGGGCAUUGACACGUACGGCCAGGGCCGAUGCCCCUUCUACCUUGAACCGUCCGUGCUGGUGGUCAUCACGGACGGCAACCGACUCACGUCUUCUGCCGGUGUCCACGAAGAACUGACACUACCGAUGCACUCAGCUGUUCCUGGGUCUGAGCUUACAAAAGAGCCGUUUCGAUGGGACCAACGCAUGUUUGCACUUGUACUAAGAAUGGCUGGGACACAGGCACCCUCACAGGAUGUGCCGCUGACAUCUGAUGCAUCACCAAUUGAUGACAUGUGUGAAGUAACAGGAGGCCGUUCCUUCUGCGUGAGCUCGCAUCGUCUGUUAGUGCAGAGCUUGGAAGCCCUAGUGGCCAAGGUGCAAGGGGGUGUUGUCAUCAACUUUGAACGUGCGGCUGAGGACGCCUGGGAGCCCAGUUGGCAGAGUUGUCGCCGACUCAUCUAUGUGCAACGCUCAGCCCAGAAGGGCUACUCAGUAGGCCACUGGCCUCUGCCAGAGGCCUUUUGGCCAGACUUGAACUCACCUUCACUCCCUCCACGCAGUGCGCAUCCUCAGGUGCGUGUGAGUGCUUCACCAAGUGAACCCCUCUUGCUGGACAACUUGCCAUUUGACAAAUAUGAGCUGGAACCGUCGCCGCUGACCCAGGCUAUCCUGGGGCGCAAGCAGCCUACGGUAGCCUUUGCCGUCUCGGUGGCCGGAGCAGCACCUCAGAGGGGUGGAAGUGCCUUUGGCUACCUGAAGGCCAGCUCGAGUCUGGCAUGUGUGAACUUGUUUGUGCUCCCAUACAAUUACCCUGUGCUAUUGCCACUGCUGGAUGAGCUUUUCCGUGUUCAUCGGUGCAAGCCACCGCGCGAGUGGAAGCUGCAGUUUGAUACUUACCUCAAGGGCAUGCCACUGUACUAUGCGGGACCCCUGAAGCGUGCUCUGCAGCGUAUGGGUGCUCCCAACCUGGUGCCAGACUCUAUGGAGAACUGCCUCAGCUACACCGUGCUUAACUACCUCAAGCGCCUCAAAAACCAGGCAAAGGCCGAGUACGAGAAGGUGGUAAGUGCAGUGGGUGGGCCCAAGACAGGCCUGGGCGCCGAAGGCGUGCGGGUGAGCCCUGGAGUUCCACGGCCAUCAACGGGUGAGGUGACAAAGCUCUCUGAGCUGGCACUCAGCUGGAAUCCCGCCCUACGUGAGCGCCUGCAAGGCUUGCGCCAGGAGCUGAAUGACUUCCCAGGCUUCGCACUGGCACCAGCGCCACCACGGCCCCCUGACACGGCUGAGGCGCCCCCAAGAAACCCUUUUGAUAUCGGUCGUGCCUCUCUCCUCCAUCAGGUGGCACGGAUGCGGGCACGCUACCUACACCCGGGCACUAUCACACGGUUGCAGGAUGCUGAACAAUUGCACAACCUUCCUGUUAGCCAAAUGGGUAACUACCAGGAAUACCUUAAACGGAUGCCCACACCAUUGCGGGAAAUUGAAUCUACACCUGUACGGCAGCACAUGUUUGGAAACCCAUUCAAGAUUGAAAAGCGCAUGAUGGUGGAUGAAGCGGACUUGGACCCAGCAGCCAGCCAGGCACGGGGGCACAAGCGACCUGCAGCCGAGGCUCCUGGAGGACCCAGGGCCAAGCGGCGGCCAGGACCUCUGCCCCGAAACUUCACCCGCAGCCGGAGCCCCAUGCCAAGCCCUCCUUCUACUCCCGAGCCUCCCACUGCCAAGCGGAGUCCACCCAGGGCAGAAGAGGAGGCAAGCAAUGGCUGGGCACCUAACGAACCAGUCGCCUGGGAAGAGAGAAAUGGUCAGGUGGCUCCACCAUGGCGCGACAAUGGUCUUAUCAGGGGGUGCCUGCUCAAGGAAGUUAGGAAACCUGGCAGAAACUUUGAGCGUCUCUUUGAGCUACUGGGCCUAGUGCAGGGGGGCCUGGAAACACAAGUGUGUAUGGUGCGCCAUGUCAUCCACGAAGCAGGACGCUUCAAACGCCGCCUGCUCAUGCAGAUGCUUCAGGACUUUGAGCAGCGGCUGGUCGAUGCCGCUGCCUUUCCAUCAGCUUAG